AUGUCCUCCGAUCCGCGCACCGCCGACGCCGUCCUCUUCCUCCUCACCAACAUCUCCAUUGACCAUGCCCUCGCGAACGCCUUCGGCACUUAUGCUGCCGUCAAGAAGAUGUACGAUGCCGCGAUGAUGGCCUGCCUGCUCAGCUGCGAGACUGAGUACUAUCUGGCAGUGUCCCAUCUGCAAUCCGCAAUCCAGUAUUUGGCCGAGAAGAAUUAUUUCGAUGGUAUUUCUGCACUGCAGUCUGCAUUCGACGACGUGACCACGUGCGAGGACACCUUCAAUGAGCCACGGUUUCAACCUGUCAAAUCACCGCUCAUCCAAAAGAACCAAAUCGCAAAGUAUCUGUGCAAUAUUUCUUUCGAGUUCGAAAGGCUGCUUGAGCCAAGUACUAAAACACUUGUUCUCCUUGAUCUCUUUAAUAGUUUAGUUUCAGAGCAUAUGAAUCAAAGAAAGUCUUCUAACUUAGUUUCUUUUAAUUAUCAUGGCCACCAUGCUUGUUUACUUGCUUCCCUCUCAUCUCAACACGCUUCUGGUACAACAAUUUUCGCCCCAAAUUCAACGGUGGCCAACGAUGGUAACGGAAAUUUCACCACCAUAAGUGCUGCUGUGCAGGCAGCACCUUCUUUCAGCAGCGAAAAAUACGUCAUCUAUAUAAAAGCAGGAGUUUAUCAAGAAAAUGUGAUUGUCGACGUAACUAAGAAGAACAUUGUGCUUCUUGGAGAUGGAGCUGACAAAACAAUGAUUUCAUCGAAUAGAAGCGUGGAUGGCGGUGUACCUACUGAUCACACUGGCACUCUUGAAUUUAAAAUUGGACAACAAAAUGUCACAACAACGCAAGGCAGCGAGACAGCCUUUGUAGACACAGGAUUCAUUCUUCAAAAUUGUUCCACGCUGGUGACACCGGAUCUCAAGACAGUAAAGAACUAUAUUACUUUUUGGGCAUCCCUGGAAGCCUACUCGAGGACAAUUAUAAUGCAAUCCUUCAUCGACAAUCUUAUCCAUCCGCCGGGGUGGCUUGAGUGGAAUAGCACAUCGCCACUAGAUAAACUUUUCUAUUCAGAGUUUCAAAAUCGAGAACCAGGUGCAAACACCACCAAGCAAGUGCCUUGGCCCAGAUAUAAAAUUAUAAAUUCAUUUGACGAUGCCGCUAAGUUCACUGCUAUAAGACCGCUUCCUGCUCAACAACUGCACAAUAUUUAG